GCGACGGACUGUUGAAGCUUGCUGUGCAGAAGCUCGAGGAGCAAAAGGCAGCAGCACCAGGCUUCCUCGAUACGGCUCUCGAUGCUUUCGCAAGCCACAGCUCGAAGAAAGGUGUCCUCGGAGUCGGAGUGAUUGCGCUUCAACGCUGUGUCGAUCAGGCACGUGCGGCAAAAAUCCAGGACUCCACCAAACUCCAUCGAGUUGAAGCAAAGCUUCAUCUGUUGUGCGAACGCAAAAGAGAGAUUGCGCUACUGAAGGCAGCGAUGGCAGCGGAGGAUGCCUGGCUUCUCAAGGCGGCCACAGAGGAGUGUCGUCAGCGCUUCGGGGAAGUGACCUUUGGCGUCGACCUAACGCUGGCCAAAUGUCAACUCGAGAUUUGGGAGAGAGCUUCUUCUGCACAAGCAGUGGCAUCGACCACCAGCGAAGCGCGUCGACCGAGCAGCCUCAGGCUUGCAUCCCGAGCGACUUCGAGCGAGCCUGUGGAUUUGGAGCGCUCCGACGUCCUCGCGCCGCUUGCCUUGGGCGCACCGGUGGUCUCGACUUCUUCGGUGCCUCCCCUUCCCGCGCAGGAGGAACGUGCCGUCACUGCCCUGCGUGCUGCCAUGUUCCAGGAGCCUCCGCAGGCGGGCCUCCUGCGAUUGGCCAUCGCCCGAGCUCGUCGUGCCGGCGUGGCCAAGGAGGAGGUUAGCAAGGCAGAAGCUGUCUUGCAGGAGGAGCGUGAGGCGGAACAGGCUUUGGAGCAGCUUCGCCGAGCUGCCGCGGCACGGGACGUCCGUGCCCUGCGCCGUGCCAUCGCAGACUGUGCAGAUGCAGGGCACCCCAGGGUGUCAGCUGGGGUGGAUCAGGGGCGCUUGCUGCCGGCAUCCACACAGCUCUGCGAUGCGCUGGGGGAGCUGCUGAAACGGGCACAUCAGCAUGGGCUGGCACUGAGUGUGCUGACAAUGGCUUCGCAAGACACGGCUAUCGACCCGAAAGCAGCUAUUGAGGACCUGGAUCGCGAAAGGCAGGAGCUGCGCUACAGCCUUGCAGAGAAACGAAGCGGUUUACGCACCGUUUGCCGUGUGCGGCCUCCGUUGGCCCCAGAGCUGCAGACUGCGCUGCGCAGCCACGCGGGCCUCGCACCUGUCUUGAGGCGAGUCGAUCGCCGAACCUUGGAGGUGGCAUUGGCGAGCGGCAGCUAUGCCACAUGCGACUUCAGUGCUGUACUGGGCCCGGAAAGCACACAGGCGGAGGUCUCGACUGAGCUCCUGGGCUUGGCACAAGCAGCGAUCGACGGAGGCAAUGUGGCGGUCAUUGCUUGUGGCCAGCGUGGUGCUGGCAAGAGCUUCACGCUGUGUGGCUCUGCAGAUCAGCCUGGGGUUCUACCACGUCUGCUGGAGGAGCUCUUUGCUAUCAAGAGCCGGGAGCACUGGCGCUCGGACACCCACAUCGAUGUGCAGGCAUUGGAGAUCGUGGAGGACGGGCCGCCAAGGGACCUCUUGAGCCAGGCUUCGGAAGGCGAGACGGUCGAACAGCGCAUCGAGGCGAUCCGUCCCUGCUGCGCCCAAGGUGGCCCUGGCCAGCUGUGCUUGGCCGCAAGUGCCGCGAUUCUGUCGGGGGCUGCAACUCGCCGUGCAGGAAGGCUCCAAGAGCUGAAAGACUUGGUGCAGGACAUAUGGCAGCAACCCUCUACAAAUGCCUCGCGUCAUGCCGUCCUCAUCCUGCAGCUGACAAGACGGAAUCGGCUAACAGGUGUGACCUGUCGAAGCCGCUUCCUGGUCGCGGACCUGGCAGGGGCGUCGUCACCGGCUGCGGACCGCGCACUGAGCUGGGCCGUCGCAUGUUCGGCCCGGCAAGGUCCGCGGAGUCUGGGGGUGAGCAGCUCGAACUGGCCGUUCUCGGCCAAGGGUGCUUCCUGUGCUGACGGACCUGGCAGCCAGGUGCUGGCAGCCUUGCUGCAAGACUGCUUUGGACCGGGCUGUACCGCAACCAUGAUCGUGUGUUUGGCACCGAUGGCUCCAGACCGUGAGGGCGUUCUCGCGGUGCUUGAGGCACUGGGUUUGCGCCAAAGCGUUGUGCAAACCGCUGACACACGUGCUGAACGGCGGUUUCAGCCGCCCCCGGAGCCACUGGAGCUCCCUUGCACUCCGAAGACGCCCAAACUGCCGCAAUCGCCAGUGCUGCUGCAGCAGAUGAACUCGUCGCCAGCCCAGUCGCCCACUGCGCAGCUCGCGCGCUCGUCUUCCAACAACUCCCUUUUUCCGACAUCGCAGCGGACUUCAGACUCGGAGUCUCUCGAGGAGGAGGAUCUCUGA